AUAGAGAAGUAUCCUACCCCCGAAGCCCUGGCCUCCGCCGAUAAAGAAGACAUCGUUCCCAUAAUCCGCCAUCUCGGCCUCCAGAACCAAAGAGCGGGGACCUACCAAACGUACGCCAAGAUCUGGCUUGAAGACCCCCCAGCCAAAGGAAAACGCUACGCCGUGCGCGACUACCCAACCAAGGGCGCCGGGCGAGAUGUCAAAAAGGGCGAAAUCCUCGCCGACGACGACGAGCGGGUCGGCUGGGAGAUCGGCCACAUGACGCAAGGCCCGUACGCGAUCGACUCGUGGCGCAUCUUCUGUCGCGAUGUACUGCGCGGGCUCGCAGAUGGAUGGAACGGCGAAGGCAACACGCAAGAAGGCUUCCAGCCCGAAUGGAUGCGGGUCCUGCCGACUGACAAGGAGCUCCGGGCGUACCUGCGCUGGAUGUGGUUGAAAGAGGGUUUCGCGUGGGACCCGUUCACGGGCGAGAAGGAGGUCGCGUCGGAGAGGCUGAUGCGUGCGGCUAUCGACGGCAGGAUCGCGUGGGAUGAACAAGGGGGCAUGAGGAUUGUCGAUGAGAGCGGUGAACAGGGUGGUGAUGCGGAGGCUGCUGGGCAAGGGCUCGGGAUGGAACGGGUUGCGGCUGUUUCUGCUGCUGCUGUGGGAGGUGAAUAA